GAUUUUACCCACAAGAUGUUUUUGCUAGCAAUAAAUCCUUCGCAAACGAUCCAUAAGAGCAAAAACAUAAACCAUUUCUCCUCGGAUCCCUUGUCUUCCCUCCAUUUCCCUGAUUGAUUGAGUUUGAGCCACAUGGAAACCAAAAGAGAGGACACCACUACAAUAACCUCUUCUCCAUCCUCUUAAAACAAUACAGGCAAGCAUCAUAACAAACAACAAAAACCCACUUCAAGAUUCUCCCUUUGGACAACUCAAACUACUUUAACAACGCCAGCAAUAAUCUUACAUUACAUCAGUUGACAUAAACUCACGAAAAAACAAAACCUUUUUAUCUUGAUCUGCGUUUCUUCUCCGCAAUCAAUAAUGGCGUCUUGUGUGGUGACGGUGGCGCAAGACGGCUCCGGGGACUACAAGACGGUGCAGGAGGCUAUUGAUAUGGUGCCACUCGGCAACAAUUGUCGCACCAUCAUUCGUGUAUCACCGGGAAUUUAUAAUCAACCUGUCUACGUCCCCAAAACCAAGAACUUCAUUACACUCGCGGCUCUUUCCCCAGAAUCUACGAUCCUCACUUGGAACAACACUGCCACCAAGAUAGAACACCACCAGGCUGCGAGGGUGAUUGGUACUGGGACGUUUGGGUGUGGGAGUGUGAUAGUUGAGGGAGAAGAUUUUAUUGCUGAGAAUAUCACUUUUGAGAACUCUUCACCUGAGGGUUCUGGCCAAGCUGUGGCAAUCAGAGUAACAGCAGAUCGAUGUGCUUUCUACAAUUGCAGGUUUCUUGGGUGGCAGGAUACUCUGUACUUACAUUAUGGAAAACAGUAUCUGAAAGAUUGCUAUAUUGAAGGAAGCGUGGAUUUCAUUUUUGGGAAUAGUACUGCUCUCUUAGAGCAUUGUCAUAUCCAUUGCAAGUCAGCAGGUUUUAUAACUGCACAAAGCAGAAAAUCCUCUCAGGAGACAACUGGUUAUGUGUUUUUGAGAUGUGUGAUUACUGGCAAUGGAGGUUCAGCGUAUACAUAUCUUGGACGCCCAUGGGGACCUUUUGGAAGGGUGGUCUUCGCACAUACUUACAUAGAUGCAUGUGUCAAACAUGUAGGUUGGCAUAACUGGGGCAAAGCUGAGAACGAGAGAAGUGCUUGCUUUUAUGAGUACAGGUGUUUCGGGCCUGGUAGCUGCUCUGCAAAUCGUGUGACAUGGGCUAGAGAACUGAUAGAUGAAGAAGCAGAUCAGUUUCUGAUGCAUAACUUCAUCGAUCCAAAUCCGCAAAGGCCUUGGCUAGCCCAGAAAAUGUGCCUGAGGGUACCAUAUUCUGCGUAGAGUUUAUAAUUGAACGCGGCAAGCAAAAGAAGAUUCCCAGAAAAAUAAUCAGACAAUUGAUGUCAAUGAAAUCUUAAUUGUGUGCAAUGAACAAAGUCUCGGCCUGGCUAUUUCAACUAUUGUUUGUCAAAUUUAUGAGAGACUUUAUGAGUGUUUGUUUAUAUUAGAUAUUUGUAAGUGAUUGGCCAUGCUUCUUGAUGCCGGAUGCUGCUUUAUUUAUUUAUAUAUUUAAAUUUCUCCUAUAGAA